CACAGUGUUCAAAUUUAAUCUAUUUUCAGUCCGCGAUUCUUUCCGUACCCUUUGGAAUAUAUACUCCACAUAUCCGAGAAAAAUAGUAUCUCCAUGAACGUUUUACACAGACUCAGAAACCCUUCUCUCCUCAAAUUUCUCUCUCUAUUACGCGCAGAAAACAACCUUAAUUCAUCGAACUCCCACCUUUCCUUAAACGGGCCGGGCCACAUUUUUCGAAUACUUAGGUUUUGUAGAACAGAAAGGGCUGUUAAUCGUGCGAAUCUUUCCGAACUUGCAAAGAAGUCUCGUGUAGUAAGAAGAGAAGCUCAGGCUGCUUUGUUGGAGUAUCUACAUUCCACCAGAAGCCUCCAGUUUAUGGAUGCCGAAAACAUGAGCAAAAACACGCCGGAGUUUUUCGACAGGUUGUUGACCAAGGUGGAUAUCGACGAUGGUGAUGUCAGCAGAUCGUUGACUCGGUUCUUGAGGUACCAUCCCAUUAACGAAUUUGAGCCUUUCUUCGAGAGCAUUGGUUUGGAGCCGUCUCAGUACGCUUCGUUUCUUCCUCGCAAUUUAAUGUUUCUAAACGAUGAUCAGUUGUUAUUGCGGAACUAUUAUGUUUUGUGUAAUUACGGAGUUCCUAGGAAUAGGAUAGGGAGGAUUUAUAAGGAAGCGAACGAGGUUUUUAGGUACGAUUAUGGGAUUAUGCAAGAAAAGCUUCUGUCUUUACAGAGUUUGGGGUUGAAGCAGUCUCUUGUUGUCAAGAUUGUUGCUUCGAGUCCGUAUCUUUUACGUGGAGAUGCUAAUAAGGAAUUUCUCGAGUUCUUAGAGAAGUUAAAAAGUAUAGGGAUUGAUUACGAUUGGCUUGAGGAGAAUAUAUCGGAACGGGAUUCUUGUAAUUGGAAAUGUGUGCUUGAGCUCAUCUCUUUAUUAGGUGAAAUGGGAUUGAAGGGGGAGAUUUUAGGCGAAGUAAUUAAACAGCAUCCAGACCUUUUACUCGAGUGCUCUGGACGAAUCACCUUUUGCUUAGUGGGGUUUUUGUUGAAAUUCGGAUCCACGCCCAAUAUUGUACAAUCCGUGUUUCUUCAGUUUCCACGUAUGUCGGUUGUGAAAUUCACCUAUAAUUUAUGUCACUGCUAUAAAUUUCUGGACGAAAUAAAAAUGCCCGUCAAAGAAAUUGGUAGAAUAUGUAGAUUGUACCCACUGCUAUUGGGUUCGUGUGAACUCAAAAAAGUUACGAGCUUGUUGGGUAUUUUGAACUGUGGAAUGAACCGCCUCUGUCAAAUGAUCAAAGAAGACCCGUACGUUUUAAAGAAAUGGGUUCUUGGAGUGAGAGUUGAUCGGUUACAAGACCCAAACAGGAUUCUCAAUGUUCGAAUGAUGAAAAUCAAGUUUCUAAUAAGCCUAGGGUUUGUGGAGGAUUCGAAGGAAAUGGAAAGGGCACUUAAAGUGUUUCGUGGGAAGGGAGAGGAACUCCAAGAGAGAUUCGAUUGUUUAGUGAAACUCGGUUUGAGUCGAGAGGAAGUUGUGGAGAUGCUGAAAGUAGCACCGCAAAUUCUUAACCAGUCAAAGGAUGUUAUCGAAACAAAAAUUGGUUGUUUUGUCGGAGAUUUGGGGUACUCACUGUCCGAUUUGGUCACUCAUCCAGCACUUGUUUCUUACACGAGCGAGAGAGUGAAGCUUAGACUUUUGACUUAUAAAUGGCUCAAAGAUGAAAGAGUGGUGCAUCCAAAGUUGACCUUGAGCACUCUCUUGUCGUGCUCGGAGGAAAUAUUUCUGAGGAGUUGGGUUAAUUCUCAUCCGAAAGGGCCUGAGUUUUGGGAGAGGUUGAAGAAGCAAAUAUACUCUGCCGAGUAAAAAAAAAAAAAAAGGUAAUCGGUUUUGAGAAGUCUUCUGCAAAAGAAGUGUUGUCCUUUGCAAGAGCUCCUUCCCUUUUUUCGGAGUGCAGCAAACAUACGCUGGAUUAUGAAACCAGGUAAAUGAAUUUCGAUUAUACAUAUACGUUUGUAAAUAGUUUGAUUUUUUCGGUUAGUUACACAUUGGUUUAUGUUUGUGUCUUAGUUAUAUAGUCGAUGUUGAUUUUGUAUUAUAGUUGCUACUAAGAAGCACUAAAUCGAGAUGCAUCACAUAAGUUAAUGAUGAUGUCAUAUUUUAAAUGUGCUGAGUAUUUCAUCAAUCCCGUGGCAGGGAUUUGUCGAAGGCUGUGGUGACCUUAUUGAUGACAAAAACGCGAUGCGUCGCAAAUCAGAUUGAAAACUCGUAUUUUCAUCUACCAGAAGAGCUUGCUGGAUUAGGUACGGCUCAAAUGAAAAUUACCUCGGUAUUCAUCAAAUUUGAACAGUGAUACUUCCUUUGAUUAUUACUAAUCGUCUCUCAGCUAUAUAUACAGUUUUGUUCGUGUUUCUGACAAUUCUUACUGAUACAUUGAAGUUACGGCAUCAUCACUAUCUUGUUCUGAACUAAAUGUACAUCUUUUUUUUUACGGGCCGAGUAAAAAUGUGCAUACGUAUUGUACAACAAGGUUGAAGAAUGGAAACCGGAUUGUUAUAGAGUCAUUAUUCAAGAAUUCGUUGCGAGUUCUUUGCUUU